AAUACAGACCGCCUUGCUCAGUCGUCAGAAAAGCCCAAAACCAAUGGGAGGAGGACACAGGCGGACUUCCGCUGCCGAGAGCCAAACGGCGCCGUCUUCGGCCUGGUCACAUUUCUGGUCCUCCGCCACCAGAACCAAGCCCGUAUCCGACUCCGGCAUCCGUACCAGCUCCGGCGAUGGCCUCGUCCGUAACCUCGGCAUGUUUGACCUCAUACUCCUCGGCGUCGGCGCCUCCAUCGGCGCCGGAAUAUUCGUCGUCACUGGCACCGUCGCCCGCGACGCCGGUCCCGGAGUUACUGUUAGUUUUAUUCUCGCCGGAGCGUCUUGUGUGCUAAAUGCACUCUGUUAUGCGGAGCUGGCUUCUCGUUUUCCUGCCGUUGUUGGAGGAGCGUACCUUUACACGUACACGGCAUUCAAUGAGCUGACUGCCUUCCUUGUUUUCGGGCAACUUAUGCUUGACUAUCAUAUUGGGGCGGCGAGCAUAGCGCGAAGCUUGGCGAGCUAUGUAGUGACGAUUCUUGAGCUUUUCCCUAUUUUUAAGGAGAACAUUCCGGACUGGAUUGGACAUGGUGGCCAACAGUACCUUGGGGGAGCUAUAUCACUCAAUCUCUUAGCUCCAGUUCUCCUUGCACUUCUUACUGUAAUUCUUUGUCGGGGUGUUGGAGAAUCCUCUGUCGUAAACUCAUUCAUGACUGCUACAAAGGUGAUCAUUGUUCUUAUCGUUAUCUUUGCCGGUGCUUUUGAGGUUGAUGUUUCAAAUUGGACUCCUUUUGCCCCAAAUGGUUUUAAAACAGUAUUGACUGGGGCAACAGUGGUAUUCUUUGCAUAUGUUGGAUUUGAUGCAGUUGCUAAUUCAGCUGAAGAAUCAAAGAGACCACAGCGGGACUUGCCAAUAGGCAUCAUAGGAAGCCUUCUGAUAUGUGUGAUAUUGUAUAUUGGUGUCUGUUUGGUGAUCACUGGAAUGGUACCGUAUAAAUUCCUUGGGGAAGAUGCUCCUUUGGCAGAUGCUUUUACAUCCAAGGGGUUGAAGUUUGUUGCCAUCUUAAUCAGUGUGGGUGCUGUGGCUGGACUUACAACAACCCUUUUAGUUGGUCUGUAUGUUCAGUCUCGGUUAUAUCUUGGGCUUGGAAGAGAUGGUUUAGUACCUUCGGUGUUUGCUAGAGUACACGCAAAACGCCGAACUCCCAUUCAUUCUCAGGUGUGGGUUGGUAUUGUUGCUGGCAUUCUGGCAGGCUUGUUUAAUGUGCAUAUUCUCUCACACAUCCUUUCAGUUGGCGCAUUGACAGGCUACUCUGUUGUUGCUGCAUCUGUGGUUGCUCUUCGUUUGAAGGAUAAGGCAUCAAGUCAAGUGCCAUCUACGUCCUGGCGGGAAGGUGUCGCCUGCUUAUUCAUAGUUGCAUGCAGCGGUUUUGGUGCUGGAGUCUUCUACAGAUUCAACAUUUCAUUUAUUUUUAUGGUCAUAGCUCUGUUUAUGGCAAUACUCGCUGGGGGUGCUCUUUAUUUUCGCCAAACUUAUGCAGACAUGCCAGGGUUUUCGUGUCCUGGGGUUCCAAUAGUGCCAGCUGUAUGCAUCUUCUUCAACAUGUUUCUAUUUGCUCAGUUACACCAUGAAGCAUGGGUGAGAUUUGUCAUCCUCAGCAUCAUUACAGUUGGUAUUUAUGCAUUUUAUGGACAAUACCAUGCUGAUCCAACUGCAGAGGAGACUAUCAUUUAUCAUAGGGCACCAGAAGAAGACUCUCGGUAAAUUAUUUCGUUUGUAAUGACCCCUGUAUAUUGGUGGAUUUGUUAUCUGUUGCAGUGUUGUUUGUACCUUUUCGAAACCACUUUGUUGGAAAAGAAAAGGUUACAAUAUUCAUUUAGUGCUCCUGAAAAAAUAGAUACAUGUUAUUCAUUGUAAUCCUUGAGCAACCACGAUGAUUAUCUUGCUUGAGGCUGUAACACUAGUAUAAUAUUAAUGCAAAUAGUUGAUGUUUA